CCUUGAUAGGUGAAGUAGACAGGAGCGGCUGCAGCUUUCAGGGCCUGAUCGGCUCGCUUUGAUUUGGUUUGGUUUGGAUACCAAAAGAGACAGUCUGGUCAGCCGUGACAUGACUUGUAAGUCAAAGUGGGUACUUGGCUGUGAGCACUGAGUACCGUCGGUUGCCGACUGAUAAGAUAAGGAUCGAGAUCUCACCGUGGGCCAUUGCGGGUACAGAUGGCCGACUGCAGUUAACCCCAUAAACCAAAUCUAAGCAUUCUCCGCCUUCGGAAUCCGCGUCAUGUCGUCAAAACGGUAUGCGUUUGUUCCCAUGGACGAUGAGCCUGCGCCAUCGGCCAGAGACCGAGACGACAGGACGGACAGGAGGGACAGGAAAUAUGGCAAACGCGAGAGGUCCCGCGAUCGAUCAAGGUCCCCACGCCGACAUAAGAGCAGGCGGCACGACGGCGAUGCAUCCCCGCGACGCCGCUCUAGAUCACCGCGCGACAGCAAAGAUGGCGGCUCGAGGACAAGCCGGGCCGAUUCGCGGCGCGAGGACCCCAACAUGUCGGAGCUGCGACUCAAGUCACGCCAGCAGUACCUGGCCAAGAGAGAAGCCGAGAAGCUCGCCCUGCUGCGGAAACAGGUUGCCGAGGAGACGGCCGAGCUGAGGUCAGGGGUCCGUCUGUCGGAGCGGGAAAAGGCCGAGUUUGCAAAGAACCGCGAGAUCCUGCGCCUCGCCGAGGAGCGUGCGCGCAUCGACAACUACCAGGACGGCUACCGGCUACCCGACCAGUACGGCGUUGACAGCAAGAAGAAGGAGGAUGCCCUCUACCGCCGCCACGUCGAGAGGGACGAGUACGGCAACGAGAAGCACGUUACCGAGUACGAGGAGUGGGAACGCGAGCAGACGGUCAAGGCCAAGGCGCAGAUCCGGAGCCGCGAACGCGAGGACGGGGGCGAGUACGACUUUCUGCUGGACGAGGACGCCAUCACAUUUGUCCGCGAUGCGGCCAAAUACGCGCAGCCGACCGACGGCUUGACACAGGAGCAGAGGAUACUUAAGGAGAAGAUCGAGGCGGCAGAGAAGGCGGCAAAAACCAUACAAGAGGUUCGGAAAAGCUUGCCAGUCUAUGCGUACCGUGACGCCUUUCUAGACGCCGUCAGGGAUUACCAAGUCCUCAUUCUGGUGGGCGAGACCGGCUCGGGCAAGACGACACAGAUACCCCAAUACCUGCACGAGGCGGGUUUCACCAAGGACGGCAUGAAGAUCGCCUGCACACAGCCCCGUCGAGUGGCUGCCAUGAGCGUUGCUGCCCGUGUUGCCGACGAGAUGGGCGUAAGGGUCGGCCAUGAAGUCGGCUACUCGAUCCGGUUCGAGGACUGCACCAGCGACAAAACUAUCCUCAAAUACAUGACAGACGGUAUGCUCCUCAGGGAGAUGGUCACAUCGCCGACGCUCGAGGGCUACUCGGCCAUCAUGAUCGAUGAGGCCCACGAGAGGACAGUACACACCGACAUUUUGCUGGCACUAAUCAAAGAUCUCACGCGCGCCAGGCCCGAGCUGAAACUGAUCAUAUCGUCGGCGACGCUCAACGCCGAAAAGUUCAGUUCCUAUUUUGACGACGCCCCCAUUUUCAACGUCCCCGGCCGUGUACACCCAGUCGAGGUGUACUACACAUCAGCCCCAGAGGCCAACUAUCUGGAAGCUAGUUUGGUGACCGUCUUCCAGAUCCACGCGACACAGCCUGAGGGUGGCAUCCUCGUCUUCCUUACCGGUCAAGAAGAAAUCGACCGCGCGUGCGAACGGGUGGAGGAGAUCAAACGGAAACUGGGCAGCCGGGUACCCGAGAUCAUAGCGCUGCCCAUCUACGCAAACAUGCCCUCGGAGCUCCAGGCAAAGAUCUUUGAGCCGACGCCCCCGGGCGCGAGGAAGGUUGUUUUCUCGACAAACAUCGCCGAGACGUCACUCACCAUCGACGGCAUCGUCUACGUCAUUGACUGCGGAUACGUUAAGGAGAACACUUUCAGCCCGGUCGGGACGACGGGGCAGUCCACGCUCGCCGUGGUGCCCUGCUCCCGGGCGGCAGCGAACCAGCGGAUGGGCAGAGCCGGCCGUGUGCGGCCCGGCAAGUGCUUCCGCCUGUACACAAAGUUCGCCUACCUCUCCGAGAUGGACGAGUCCCCGACCCCCGAAAUCCAGCGGACGUCGCUCUCCAGCGUGGUCCUCCAGCUGAAAGCCCUCGGCAUCGACGACCUGCUGGGCUUUGACUUCCUCGACCCGCCCCCGACCGAGCUCCUGAUCAAGUCGCUCAACAUGCUCUACGCGCUGGGCGCGCUCAACAGCGCCGGCGCGCUGACCCGCAUCGGGCGCCAGAUGGGCGAGUUCCCCGCGGAGCCAAUGCUGGCCAAGGCGCUCAUCGCGGCCACGCAAGAGGGUUGCGUCGCCGAGGUGCUGACCAUCGUGUCGAUGCUCGGCGAGGUCGCCACGCUCUUCUUCCGGCCCAAGGACAAGAAGGUGCACGCCGACAGCGCGCGCGCGCGGUUUACCGUCAAGGAUGGCGGCGAUCACCUGACGCUGCUCAACGUGUACAACCAGUGGGUCGAGGCCGACUACUCGCCCAUCUGGGCCAAGGAGAACUUUCUGACGCAGCGCUCGCUGACGAGGGCGCGCGAUGUGCGGGACCAGCUGGCCAAGCUGUGCGAUCGCGUCCUGGAGGGGUCCGACUCCAGCUGCGGCGGCGUGUCCAAUAUGCGCCCCGUGCUGAGGGCGCUGACGUCCGCCUUUUUUUUGAAUGCCGCGCGGCUGAACAGGGGCGGCGACGGGUACCGCACGCUCAAGAAUAACAUGACGGUCUAUGUCCACCCGAGCAGCGUGGUCAAGUCGAUUGACCCGCCGCCCCGGGUCAUCAUCUACCAUGAGCUGGUGGUGACGUCGCGCGAGUAUGUGCGGUCCGUGAUACCCAUCGAGGCCAGCUGGCUGUCCGAGUUUGGCGGGCAUUAUUAUGAUAAGAAGGACGUUGAGUUGCUGGAGGCGAAGAAGCUGCCCAAGCAGCGGAAGUAAGAGAUGCUCAUGAGGUUGGGGAAAUGGUAAGUUAUACAGGGUAUGUGCAUAUUACUGCGAGGAGUCUAGUGGAAAGGGGAAAAUAUGCGGCCAACGCUGGAAGCGUCUAGCCAUUUGGAAUUCAGGAUGAUACCACCUUACGGACACAAAUACGGGGAGUAGUAUUGCGAUAUGAGA